AGUCAACGACUCUUCCUGAAGAAGAAGAGAACUCGACUGUUUCCCAGAUUCAAGAGGACCAACAAUCAGCUGAGACUGUCGUCUACAAUAGAUUCGAUCCUUCAAACAAGAAGAAAAUAUCUUCAGAAGAAGAAGAAGAAGAAGACCCUAAAGGGCCAUCGCACGUGAUUCCUUAUUCAGAGCACGAGAACCCUGAAGACGUUCCCACAAAGCCGAAAUACAUUCCAGGGGAAUGGGCGAAGCCUCCAAGAGGAAGAGAAGUGAAUUUAGACUUCGUACCUACGAAGGUUUACGCCCAGGUGAGGAAGACUCACACCCUGAGGAGAUUACCUCGAAGAAAGGCGAUAGAGAACGCAGAGUCUGAAGAAGAGAAAGAGAAUGCUGCUCGAUUGAGGGAAGUCGUGAGGAAUUCCAAGGUCAACACAGUUUAUACUGAAGAGGGAAACAGUGUGAAUCCUAAAUUGGUUGUUGAAGAAAGUAUUGACAGACUGCAAGAAGACGUCGAGAGGGAGGCUGAAGACAUGGAGAAGGGGAUUGAAAUAAGUAAGUUAGAGAAAGUCGAAUCCACUACUAAUAAAGAAAUGGAAUCAAACCGAAGAAGAAACAGAAGACCUUCUUCAUUAAAAUCUGUAAGCAAUAAUUUGAAUUCUGAUACUGAAGAGAUAGAAACGUCACAGAAUAUUCAAAAUUCGACUGCUGUUCCACUUGAAGAAAAUAUAGAAAGUACCACUAUAAAUUUGCAAGACUCUUCAGGAUUAUAUAAAAUUAAUGAUCAUUCUAAUGAACCAACGACGACUGUUAAUUAUGGCAAGCUUGUUUGGGACUACCUGAAGAAGAUGGACCAAAGUAGAACAACUCCAAACGUUUUACAAGCAAAUCUAGUGACUUACUCUUACGAAGAGAGUACACCGUUUCCAAUUAUAGAGCCUGUCACCUUGAACCUACAACCAAUCGUGGGGCAAACGUUGAUCGAUCCUAAGAACUAUCUAAAAACAGGUGAAAGUCAGUCGACAUCAUUAAACACAGAAGACUGGCAGCCGAUCAUUUCUAACACCCAAGCGACGACGGUUCCUUUUUCAGAAUUCUAUGACCAACAGAAUUACUUCUCUGAUGUGCAAAAAAAUUUAGACAGUCACGAGGACUCCAAUAAGAACUUUGACAAUUCGUUUUUCAAUCCAGUUCAGAAUGGCCAACAGAAUGGCCAACAGAAUGGCCAUUUGAAACGAAGCAACUUCAUAGCUAAUAAAAAUCUGGAAGGAUUAACAAAAAUGAGACCUCCUGCUCAGAAUUCGAACGAUUAUUAUUACUAUUAUCUUCCAGAAGCCACGCAGUCUGGUUGGGAGCCGAUUCCAGUCCGAAAGAGUCCCAAAGGGCCCCGUAAAAAAAACGCGGACUCGGUUCAGUCGAGACUGUCGCCACGGAACGACAUGAUUUGGUACAAAGAACCGAGCGAUUAUGUAAAUCGUGGAAAGGACAGGUCGAGGGAUAGAGUAAUUCUCGGUGUGAAUGCAAAAACUCGGGAGAAACGAUUGGCCGAUGACGAAAGCGGAGGCGGCGUGAAAGGAUUGCGUGGAAACAAUGCCGCGUCGAAUCGAGGCGAACGUGAUGGGAAAAAUCCUGAGAGAAAUUGCCCGCAGAAAGUGACACGCCGCGUGCAAGUGGGGCCCGUUCCGGAUAACUCACCGGAAAAACUGAUCGCGAAGAAAUCGAGAUUUAACAAUAAGACUAGUCGGAUCGAAGAGUCGCGUGGGUUUGAAAGAGAAAGCAUCGAUUUAGGCCCAGUCAGCUGUGACGAGACACGGGGAAAGGUUGGUGAAAUGCAAGUUGGAGGGAAUCAAUUUAAGGGGAGUGAAGAUUCGUUCGGUUUUGAUGAGAAGAAAAGAAUUAUUAAUAGAAGAGAUAUUAGAGAACCCGUUAAAAUAAUUGAAGAUACAAAAACUGAGCCUGAAGAAGAGAGAAGAAAUUCAACCAGGGAAGAUAGAUUCAAAAGCCACGAAGGAUUACUGAACGCAGCACCGAAGAUAGCUGAAGAGAUAAUAGAAGAAGAAAUAAAUGAUCGCUUUAACAACAGCAAAGGAGAGAAUAAAGAAGAAACUGUGGAAGUGGACAUCCCAGAAUUCGACUACAUCGAAGAAUUGCCUGAAGAAGAGACUGAAGAAAAUAUUCCUGCCAAACCUAAUUUGGACUUGGAAAAAUACCCAUUUUACAAAAAUGAAGAACUGCCAUCGCCGUCAGCACUGAAGUACGCCAUUAAUCCUAGGAGGCUCCCAAAAAAGUCUCGCGGUGCCAUGGAAUUUUACAACAUGAGGGAUUCUUACAAACGCUGUGAAGAAGUGGAGCCUAAAUUGGAAGUUCUUCCUGAAGAAGAAGAGCCAGUCCCAGAAAGAGGGCCCAAUGAAGACGGGCCUCGUCUUCGUGGCUUAGGAGACAAGCUCGACUGCUUCAAGGCUAAAUACUUCGACGAGGACCCAUUCGACAAUCCAUUAUUCUUAGAAGAAGAAAUAGAAGACCCGACGCCUCCGGAAGACAUCGACAGCAAGCAGUUUGCUUCAAGAAUCAUGAUGUUUCCUAAAGAAAACGAGGAUUAUGUGAUACAGAGAUCUUCAAAGAGACCGGAAAACCAUCGACAACCCAGAAGACAUAACCCAACUUCCGUUAGACUUCAGAAGAGAAGACGUGUUCGUUACAGAACGCGUAGGCCCACGGCGAGAGUCAGAAAGGUGCAAGGUCAGAGAGUGAAGCAUUUGAAGAUUCCUAGGAAGUCACAGAAAUUUGAGAAACGUCCUGUCAUGGCUGCCAGCGAAAUCUCUUCUUUUUAUACUCCUUAUCAAAACCAAGUUUACGAGGACGUGAUGGGUACUAUUAAAAAUAUGGCGAAUACGUAUCAAGUGGAAGAGUUAACGACGGUUCCAACGUCUGAGGAAGUGACUAUUAUCAAUGAUGAAGAUGAAGAGACGAAGAGUUCAUCAAAGGAGUCUACAAAAUCGAAUCAUAGUACAGAAAAGAAAGGGGAAGAUGUGGUGACUGAUGUAGAAAACUCGAGUAGGGAUGUGAAUAUUAAAGGAUUGACGCCUCCUAAGAAGAAUAACAGAUUCAGGAAUAAUUAUAAAAGAAUUCGAAUUCCCCAGAAGACUAGAAUUCAAUGGAUGGCAAAACCUGUCAGGGCAAUGAAGUUUCGUCGGAAAAUUCGGAUUUAUAAACGAGAUCUGGAAGACAAAUUGAAUUCCAGUUAUGAAGAAGAAAUGUUGAGAGAUUCCAUGGAAUCAAUAGAAAGAAGAGAUAGUAAGGAACCGUUUUUUAAUUCUAGGGACUUGAAGAAUAAGAGUGAUUAUUUUAAUUCUGAAGAAAAUCAGAGAAAAUCGAAUUCUAGUUUAACAGACAUGCAAUUGAAGAAUAGCAGUGAUCAGUUCAAUUCAGGAAGAAAUAAUGACACAAGAAUAAAUCCUGAGGAUUCACCUAACAAAAAUAAUUUGACAAUUAAAAUUGACGAAAUUCCAGUUCAGAAUUCGACGACCUCUACUGUGAGGACAGAUAGGAAGUCUAAGAUUCCAAAAAAUACAACAAUUUCUGAUUUAAAUAAUAAUAAUAAUGAUGAAGAGAAGGACAAGACUGAGAAGGUUUACACAAUUAAAGACAGGAUUAGAUAUUCGAGAGGAAAGAACGAUAGAGAAUCGAAGAAGGUUGGGAAACCUGAAAAGGAGACAGGAAUAGAAGAAGAUAACAGAAGAAGAGAACCGAGGUACAACUUCAUCCGAAGAAACACUGUUCCUACUCCACAAGGUUCAUUAAAUUCCACUGACAGAGUCACAGAGAAGAUAACUACAAAAGAAGAAGAUUCGAAUAAUAAAGAAGAACCUGAAGAAGAGUUGAAGAGUUCAAAUAAAUCUGAGAGAUACCAGAAAUCAAUUCCUAAAGAAGAGACGAAAGAAGGGAACGAAACGAAGAAAGGUUACGCCGUGCACGAGAACGUGAAUGAAGGCGACGUGGCUACAGAAAAGCCAUUACCAAAAGCUCCCCCCUUCGAUCUCUUCGACUUGAAGACAUUUUUAGAAUCCGACCCACCUGGAUACACAGAAUUAUCCUCAGACGACUUCAGGCAGUCAUUCCUCCCAAGCAACUCUUCCGAUAACCUUGAAGGAAAUCAAGGCUCUUCAAAUUCGAGUGAAAAUCAAAAAGCAAAUGAAGAAAGUUCGAAAACCUUCUAUCCUUCAUAUUUCUCGAACGAACGAUCUUCAGAGAAGAGCAGAGAAUCGUCAGAGGAAAACGCCCCGUCGAAAGAAAGCGAAUCUGAAGAGAAGACAUUCUUCAGGUACGAAAGUAGACCUUCUUCACCAGCAGAGAAUUACGAGGACGAGAAGUACUCAGAUCUCGGGCCACGAGUGAACAAACCAUCUUUCUUCCAUCCCCCAUUCUCGUUCUCCAACUACAAAAUGUCUGAUUCCAAAGAGAGUUCGGCAGAAAGUGAAGAGAGCGAUGAAGAGACAGAAGAUUACGUGUUUCCUUGGUACAGAGACAAGAAAGAUGAACAAAAAAGAAAACGCAAGAGGUUCAGCAAGUCUACGACUGAAUACGAGUACCCUUGGGAGAGAAGAGAACGAUUGGCGAGGGAAGAGAAGAAGAAACGAGAAGGCAGGCAUAAAAGAUUAUUCGACGAAGACUCCCAAGGUGCUUUCAGUAUGAAUGAAAGGACUCCCAGGGGAAGAUAUCGAUUCUGGACUAGACCUCUGGAAGACAGUAUCCCUGAAAGUACGAACAGCAUGAGUGAGACUCGACCGGUGAUAAAAUACAGCAGCAGGUAUAAUUCUAAAAAUACUAAAGUACCGAAAAAUGAAGAGAAGUCGAAGUCUGUGGAAGAAAUCAGUAAAUCCAUCAAGAAAGCAUUAGAAGGUGUGGAAACAGCAGAGAAAGAAAAUUCUUCUGAAGGGAUUUUCAAUAAAACUGACAUUUCUUCUGAAGGGAAGAAGACGAAUGUGUCUUUGAAUAAAAUGGAGCCUCUGAAGAUGGACUUUAAAAAUAAUUCGAGAGUCACUGAAGAAACGCUGAAUUCUACUAAAAAGUCUGCUGCGCAAGUUGAAAACAGAAGAAGGCGAAGACCAAUGAAAACGGUUCCAAUAAAAACGACACCAGCCACUCCCACUGUGAAACCUGACAGUCGAAGUCGACGGAGGCAGAAAAUCGUAUCUGAAACCACAACUCCAAUUAGUACGACGUCGGCUUCUCGGACACUUCGCAGGAGAAAUCAGAAGGUCUUGAAAAACGUGAAACAAAAUCUAACCGAAGCCCCAAGCAAUCUGAACGACACGAAAGAAGAAACGUCGAAUAGGCAAGUGGAGCAACGGUUGAGAAACAGAAGAAAAAGGCCAAAUGAAAUAAUGAGCGAAUCAGUGAAGAGUAACGAAGAAGAGAGUGGGACAGAAUUGAAGAGUGACGAGAGUUUCGAUUUCAAGGACGACAGGAUAGAAUCUAUGAGCGAUUUUGACGUGUCUGACAGUAACUCUGAUGACGAUUUCGAAUUUGGGAGUAUUUUGAAAACUGGAGAAAAUUUUCUGCCUCCAGGAAGGGCUGUUAAAUUGUCCCAACAAGAAUCUAGGGAAAUUGUCUCUUCUGUUUCAUGGAANU